CUGUCUAAUAUCAUGAUUAUACUUUUGUGUCUGAUCAAAAUGAGGAAUCUACAUUAAAGAGCUACACCAACUACUUCCCAGCUUGAUUUAAAAUAAAAAAAAAAAUAAUAAAAAAAUCAGAUGUUUUCCCAGGGUUAUAGUACUUAGAAGGUAAGUCCCACACCAAGACUAAGAUUAGCUUUUGUCAUAAGAACAACCGUAAUGACCUAUUUUAUAUAAUAUUUUAGCAGAUGGAAGUUCAGACUUUCUGUACUGAAUUUCAACAUAGCUGCAAUCUUGCAGUUAGGAAAUGAUUAGCCCUGCAAUUAGGUGCCUUUAAUUGAAUCCCUGGCACGCACUUAAUUAUAACAUCACUACUGACACAAUAUGAAAAGCAGUAAAAUCAACCCCUCCCUAGUUCCCCAUUGGCUGGAAACUUGUUAGGCUUGAUGGGUAGGUGCACUAGUUAGAGGGGAUUUCAAAGCAAAUAAAUAGCAGCUCCCUCUAGCCAGUCAGAAAUGGAUUUCCACCUGUGUGAACCUCCGAUUGGGGAGAGCUGCUCUUAAAAAAACCCAACUUGCUGUAUGAGGAAGCUACUGGAGAAAGUGUUGUCUCUCAGGGUUCAUAAUUCUUCUACGAAAGAGUGAUUUUGGAAGACUCGCUAGGCCAUCUUGCUUGAGGUGCCUUUUUUUCAGAAGGAGCAUGGCUUGCUGUGCAUUACAAAUCACCGGGCUAAUAUUCGGAGGUGUGGGCAUGGUCGGGACUUUGGCAGCUACAAUUAUGCCACAAUGGAGAGUUUCUGCCCACAUUGAGAGUAACAUCGUGGUGUUUGAGACUAUCUGGGAAGGACUGUGGAUGAACUGCGUCAGUCAGAUGGGCAUCAGGCUGCAGUGCAAAUUCUACAAAUCUAUCCUGGCUCUCCCCCCAUCUUUAGAGGCAUUCAGAGCCCUCAUGUGCAUUGCGGUGCUCCUGUCAAUCAUUGCCUUUUUGUUGGCCAUUGUUGGUGUGAAGUACACUCGCAGGACCAAGGAGAAUCCCCAGAGCAUCAGUAUCUUCAUCCUGGUAGCUGGAAUUGCCUUUCUCCUGACGGGCAUCCUCAUUCUGAUCCCCGUGUCCUGGACUGGUGGCAGCAUCAUUCAUGACUUCUAUAAUCCAAAAGUCCCUACACCACUGAAACGAGAACUGGGAGCUGCUCUCUAUGUGGGCUGGGUGAGCGCUGCACUUCUCAUCGCUGCGGGAGCAAUGUACUGUAGUUUCUGGUGCUGGGCUGGUAAAUCCCCAAAAUCCAGGAAUGAAAACUGGCAUGGGAACAGCAGCAGCUAGAAGCCUCUCACAGAAGACUAACAGAGUAUGGCUGGGCUGGAAGGCAGGCACCUAUUGUGCAAUAGUACCUUUGCCCUCCCCUAAACCUGUGACAUGCAAGGGGAUCAGUGCAUUUAUUCUAAGGUAAAGUCUUUGUCAGGACUGUCCCAGGACAGUGAUGAGAAGCAUGGAGUUGGCAGCACAGUGGAAGCAGUUGCUGAAUGACUGGAGAAGCCCCCAGUGAUCUUAUUUUCAAUAUCAGCACACAAAUGUUCAUGCUCCCCUGUUAGAGAUCUUCAUGACUGACUAUGUGUUUCACAGAUGCUUGCAGAGUUGAUGUGUCCUUCUUACCUCUUCUGCAGGGCACAGAAUCCAUCUCGUGGAAUAAUAAAUUUUUUAUUCACUUCACCAACCUUUGUCAUGAAUGUAUUAGCUUACCGUUGCCUAGUACUUUCCAUCUUCAAUGGUUUCUCCUGUUCUAUAGAUAGCAUCUCCUCUUCUGUAAAAUUCAGGACAGACUACCUGUCUUUAUGCACUUUAAAGCACUGUGGUAAUGUCAAGUAUAAUUAAACAAGCCAGGCAAAUGUUAAUGUGCAAUCCCCACUUGCCCGUUGGGGGAUCAAGAGUUCCUGCCUAUAUCUUCCAUCAUGCUCACAAAAGCCAAGCCCCAAUGUUGUUCUGACUGCUCUGUGUUUGCAAGACUCACUUUAAAGCAUGAGCCAAGCAGUCUGAUGCUUGCCUGUCCAAUGUGCAGAAUCCAACAGUAUUUGCAGCUAUUCUUUUUUUCACAGCUGAAAACUCAGAACCUGCUUUUGAAUGCAUGCAUAUCACAAUAUUGAUAAGUGACCAAAGAAGUUCCAUUUAAAAACAAUUUUUCUUGUUCUUCACACAGUAGUAAUAGAUAGUUCCAUUUCAUUGAUAAUUUAAUGACACGGGUAGACAGUUUGUUCCUUUUCUAUGCCUUUGACUGGUAUCUGAAAACCAAGUUUAAUGACCUUUCAAGUUGUGCAGAGCAAUGCCUCUAUAUAUUCAUUCGACUGUUCAAUUUGAAGAACGUGGAAAGCUGCAUUUAAUUAAAAAAGCCUUUUGUUAACUUGACUUCGGAUGAACCUAAAUGAAACAGUGCCAUCAAACAUGGACAUUCAUUAUAUAUAUUAGCUAAUGUUCAUUUACACUUAGGGCAAACCGUCUUUUAGUGGGAAUUUUCUAGUCACCAGGAAACAGGCUUAAAGUAUCCUGCUCAUCACUUGAACUGUCAAAUCAGCACUUAUUAAUUCCAGAUAAGCCUUUAAGAGAACAUUUGUAAAUAGAUUUUCUGGUACUAAAGUAUAUAUUUUAAUGUUGCCUCAUAGCUGCUGCUGCUACGAUAUUUGUGGUACACACAGUGCCUGUCACAGCAGCUCUCAUUGGGCCAGACAGCUCAUUUCAAUGGAAUUAUUCUUCUGACUUUGGUUAUAGUUUAUACUACCCUGAAGAACUUCACCUGAUAUUUUAUUGUAUUUGUGUCCUAUAAUACAUAUUUUGUUUAAUAAAUGUUUGGUUUGUGAGCCAGA